AUGGCUUCUACUACCGUCCCCGGUAUGAAGCGUUCAUACGCGGCCAUGGUCUCGACUUGUGAGAGCGACUCGUCCGAGUCCCGACCAUUGUCCCGAGGCUGGUCCUCGGACAGCCAAAAUAUGGCUUAUGUUCCUGGUCCCGGGGCUCUCUUCCAGGUGAUUGGUGAUCCUAUACCUAGAGUGCCACGCUCAGCAACCCACUCGCCAUUGGAGCAUGAGAUUGUCCAAACAGCCCGUCCCUACGACCCAGAUGCCUCCAUUAUCAUCGUCGGUAUCAGGGGCUCGGGGAAAUCCACUUUGGCCGUCAUGGCCUCGACCGCCAUGAACCGAAAGGUCGUCGAGUUGGAGCAUGUUUUUCACGAGAAAACCGGGCUAUCGAGUCCAGCUUACAAGAGAAAGCAUGGCGCCACUGACUGUCAACGCCGCCAGGCCUCUAUCCUUCAGCAUGUAUUUGAUAAACAUAAGCGAAACACUAUCGUGGUCAGCUCAUGGAUGGAUAGGAGUGUGCAAGUCAUCCUCGAAGACCUUGGAAGAACAAAUCCCGUCAUAUAUGUCCUUCGAGAUUCAGAAGCCAUCAGGACCCAUUUGAAGGUCAACGAUGCCCGCAAGUUCUGCGAGCUUUUGGAUGCCAGCAGUGCCUUUUUCCGGAGAUGCACCCGCUUUGAGUUUUUCAAUGCGUCAGAAGAGCAAAGCACAGCCAAAGAGACCAUGGGUGGGAGUUCUGAUGAAAUUGCUGCCCCCUAUCUCACCCUGAAACGAGCUGAACGACACUUCCUCAAGUUUCUCUCCUUGAUACUCCCAAGGGGAACCAUACCCUUCAUCGAAUCGGCCUUCCCGCUGGCUUGCAUACCGGCAGAAGAACGGCGGUUCACCUACGCAAUCUCACUGCCCCUUUCGUCGCUCAUAAAAGACAACCUCGACGUCCAGGACCUCGAGACAGGAGCGGAUGCGAUUGAGAUUGUGUUGGAUGACCUCGUCACAGACUUUGCCGCUCACUUACGGCAACUCGGUCAGCUACCCCCAGAUAGAGCCAGAGAAAUCAGCCGCGUCGUGGCCCAAGUAAGGCGAGACACCGUGAUUCCUAUCUUCCUCCAUGUAGCGUUUCCGGAGGCUGCGCUGUCUGACGAGACUUGGCGAUCUAUGUACAGUUCAUAUGUCUCGCAUGCCCUUCGUCUUGCCCCGGAGUACAUGACUGUUGAUCUACGACUCGACAGCGUGACGCUUGCCGGCAUUCUCAACAUCAAGGGCUCCUGCAAGAUAGUCGGGAACGUUCAGUUAUCAGAUCCCCACCCGCCGUCUUGGAAUGACUCCAGCUGGCAGUCCUACUACCAGAAAGCACAGAAUUACGGCUGCGACAUGGUCCGAUUCACCAGGACAGCUGCCAGCAUCGAUGAUAACUUUGGCAUACAUCGGGUGCACGCCAUGGUUGAGUCAGCGCCUAGUUCGAGACUGCCCCUGAUCGCUUACAAUACUGGCGUUCUUGGAAAGCACUCGGCGUGCUUCAACAGGAUACUAUCCUCUGUUAAACCCGAAGGCAUGAGCAAAGACCCCGGUGGUGUUGACUCACAUAGCCUGGCCAUCCGUCCAUUUCUCACGGCCAAACAAGCCACCGAAGCUCUCUACUCAGCCUUUCUCUACGAUCACAUGAGACUGUAUGUUUUUGGCGCCAACGUGGACUACAGUUUAUCCCCAGCAAUGCACAAUGCCGCUCUCAAAGCUUGCGGCAUUCCCCACCACUACGAGCCACAUUCGACAAGCAACAUAUCAAGUCUCGAGAAGCUCGUCAGUGACCCGCACUUUGCUGGUGCCUCGGUCGGACUGCCUUUCAAAGUCGAGAUAAUCAGCUUGACGCAUUCCCUGAGCCGACAUGCUCGGGCUAUCGGCGCAGUCAACACUCUGAUUCCGGUUCGGCACCUCAACCCGGAUGGCAGUAUUGGCGAUGACGUGGCUUUGUUCAAUGACAGAAAUAGGGCCGGGCCCGUCAAGGCUUUGUACGGGGAGAAUACAGACUGGGUGGGAAUCCGGGCAUGUAUCCGCCGAGGUCUCUCGCCCGCCAACGCCGUCCGAUCCACCAGUAGCGGACUCGUGAUCGGAGCUGGUGGCAUGGCUAGGGCAGCCGUGUACGCCAUGCUGCAGCUUGGAGUCAAGCAGAUUGCCAUCUUAAACCGGACCGUUGCCAAUGCCGAGAAGCUUGUUUCUCACUUCGAAAGGCUCUUGGCUCGCAAUGACCUACCUUGGUUGAGCGCUGGCUCCAGAACCCACGAAGGCACCAGAUUCCACAUCCUUCGCUCCCGAGACGACACUUGGCCCGAGAGCUUCAGACACCCUACCAUGAUCGUAUCUUGCAUACCAACGCACAGCAUUGGAGACCACCCCGCUCCUGACUUUACCGUCCCAGCGUCGUGGCUGCAAAGCUCGACAGGCGGUGUCGUAGUAGAGCUUGCCUACAAGACCCUUAUCACCCCUCUGCUGGAACAAGUUCGCCGUGAAGCUCAUAGAGGGUGGGUUACAAUGGAUGGCCUGGAUCUGCUACCAGAACAAGGUUUUGCACAGUUUGAAUUGUUCACUGGUCGGCGCGCACCACGUCGAUUGAUGAGGAGGGAGGUGUUCAGAUCGUAUCCUGAUGACCAAGGGCGUCUGAACUUUGCGCGGCUGUUGCAGCCGCGGCUCGACAACAUAACUGCACAAGAACCUUGA